AUGAUCUCGGGCAUCCUCAGUUCGAGCCAAACCAUAUCCACACCAGCUCAAUAUUCCCCCCCAGGACCCGACCAAUGCGAAUGCCGUCGCUGGGCCGUCCAAGGUGCACCAGCACCACUCGGUGAAGGCGAUCUUGAGCAGCUGCCGGGCUCGGACGCAAUCGUGGACGCGAUACUAACGUCAACGUCCAACAACACCAACACGACCUACUUGACAAGACGGCUCUCUCGGUCCAGGCCUCGUACAUCGUUUCAUGCAAGAUCCUCGUCGUCCGAGAUACAACCGCCACCUCCGAUACGGUCGAGUCCAUCCAAAGCCUGCCUCAACGAUGACUCGGCACCAUCAGGCUCGAGCUACCGCUUCCCUCUGGCCAAGAUUUCAACCACGCUCGAGCAUCUCCCCCCGCUUGAUCAGACCGCCGCCUCCUCCCCUGCGGCAUGUACGAGUGGCCCUGUCUGACGUCGAACCUCUCAUCGCCCAUCUCGAUGCAAUAGCUCUGGAACGUGAUCGAUUGGGUCGACACCGGUUACGGACCGACUCGAGCGAACAGAGAUCGACACCGCCUCCGACCUCGCCGAGAGAGAUGCUCGAUUUCGCCGAUUUUGUCUCCGAGACGUUCCGGCUGCAAGACGCUUCUGCACAAGGAACGAACGCCGGAGCUGGUACUGCACCAAUGGAGGAUCACAUCGAUGGCGGGGUUGACUAUCUCACACCUAUGCAGAGAGGAUCGUUCCAACUUGCGAGGCCUUGA